AAUGAUUCUAUUCCAAGUACAGUGUUCAGUCAAUUUCUCUUGACAAAAGAUAUAAAAUUUACGGAACAGUGUCAAGAAAUAGAACAUGGAUUAUUUUGUGGGUGUAGACGUUGGAACAGGAAGCGCUCGUGCUGCUCUGGUAUCUUCUAAGGGGAAGAUUGUGAAAUUAGCAACAUGUCCCCUGGAAAUUUUCCAUCCUGCUCCAAAUUUCUAUGAACAGUCUUCUGAUAAUAUUUGGAGUGCUGUCUGCCAUGUAGUAAAGUCAGUUGUAGCUGAUAUUUCUGCGGAUAAUGUAAAGGGAAUUGGUUUUGAUGCUACUUGUUCGAUGGUAGCGAUAGAUAAAACAGGAUCACCAGUUACAGUGAGUCCAACAGGUACAUGUGAAGAUAAACAGAAUGUUAUAUUAUGGAUGGACCACAGAGCACAGGAGGAAGCUGAUUUUAUAAAUGCACAAGGUCAUGAAAUGCUUGAAUAUGUGGGAGGAAAGGUAUCACUGGAAAUGCAAACUCCUAAAAUGUUAUGGCUCAAAAAGAAUUUACCUUCAUCUUGGAAUCGUGCCACACUGCUUUUUGAUCUUCCCGAUUUCUUAACAUGGAAGGCAACAGAUUCUGAAUCUAGAUCUUUAUGCUCUUUGGUCUGCAAGUGGAACUACAGUGCUGGUCCAGAUGGUAAUAACAAAUGGAAAGAAGAUUUCUUUGAACAAAUUCACUUGAAAGAUCUGAAAAAAGAUAACUGGAGGAAAAUAGGUAAUGAUGUCAGGACACCCGGUGAUCCGGUUGACCAUGGUUUGUCGGCAAAAGCUGCUUCUGAAUUGGGACUCCUAAAAGGAACAGCCGUGGGUACAUCCCUUAUUGAUGCGCACGCUGGAGGACUUGGUAUGAUAGGCUGUUCUGUUCCUGGUGUACCGGUCAAUUUACAAACCAGACUGGCAUUAAUUUGUGGCACAUCAACUUGUCACAUGAUAGUGAAUGAGAAGAAACUGUUUGUCAAUGGUGUUUGGGGCCCAUAUUUCAGUGCUAUGAUUCCAGGAUUAUGGUUAAACGAAGGGGGACAAAGUGCGACUGGAAAGUUGCUUGAUCACAUCAUUGAUACCCACCCUGCAACACCAGGGAUCUUGAAAAGUUUAAGUGGAAAUAAGCACAUACAACAGUAUUUAUCGGAAUUGUUACAAACGAUGGCAGAUCAAAGAAAUUUGAAAAAUGUUUCUUAUUUAACGAAAGACCUUCAUGUUUGGCCUGAUUUUCACGGAAAUCGUUCCCCACUAGCUGAUCCAGCUCUUAAAGGAAUGAUAUCGGGCUUAUCUUUGUCUGUUGAUCAAGAAAAUUUGGCACUGUUAUAUUUGGCAACUGUACAAGCAUUAACGUAUGGUACGAAGUACAUCCUGGAAACACUAGAAACCGCUGGCCAUAAAAUAGAAACCUUACUAGUUUGUGGAGGUCUAAGCCAGAAUCCGUUAUUCACUCAAAUACAAGCCGACGUGUUAGGUUUACCUGUACUGUGCCCCGUUGAGAAGGAAUCAGUAUUGAUAGGAGCUGCAAUCUUAGGAUCCUAUGCAGCUAGAAAAUUCAACACUAUGCAUGAUGCUAUUAAAACAAUGGGAGGAUCUGCAAAUAUUGUAAAACCUAAAAAUGAAUGCUACAAGUACCAUCAUCAGAAAUAUCGAGUUUUUCGAAGAAUGGUGCAAGAUCAGAAAGAUUACAAAGAAAUUAUGAAUACCUCAGACGUAAUACUAACAAAGGAGUAAAAUGAUCAGGGAAGUCGCGUGCAGAAUCUCACAGUGAACAAUCUGAUGCAAAGAGAUGUGAUACGUCUUACAUAACUUUUUUUUAUUCAACGUUUUAUGUACACAAUCAUUGAACGAUAUUUUAUUAUGUACUUUUUUUUAUCUUUAUUUAUGUAAAUAAAGAUACAUAUGAAAAUA